AUGAAAAUCAUUAAAAGGGAUCUCGACCAGAACAGUGGGGGAUAUAUUAAGGUGUGCCCGACAGAGGAGGUAGACCUUUACCUUCUUUCGGAACUCAUUCGUCGUGGAGAUCGGGUCUCAUGCCACACAACCCGAAAGAUCAUCAGAGAGAAAGGAGACGCAGGGACGACAACGGUGAGGAAGGCUCUUACACUUACCAUAGCGGUUCAAGAAAUAGACUACGAUGGGGCUGAAACCCUCCAUGUGCGCGGAACGGUGGUAACAGAGGUAGAGGAUAUCAUGCGAGGCUCCUCACAUUCAUUAUGGUUGCAAAUCAAUAAGGCAGUGGCUAUCAUCAAGGAGCACUGGACCAAUCAGCAGCUCAAAGACCUCGAAGAAUCUUGCAAUGCGGUGCGGGGAUGUGAUACCCUGGCUCUCCUCAUUCUCCGUGACGGAACAGCGAAGAUAGGCUUCGUCAAUGAGCUGAUGGUUGUACCGUGUCCUUCCAUCACAUGCACUAUUCCUAAAAAGACCAGAUACAAUGAGUCUAAGGUAACAACGGCAUUCGCAUCAUUCUUUAAAGCCAUAUGCACUGCUCUUAAAACAGAGAUCGUUAAGGGAACCAUCAAGCUCCUUUUGAUCUGUGGGCUCCAAGAAGUGACGGCGAAGUUUGCACAGUAUUACAGAGAUGAGUUAGGUGGUAAAGAGCCCUUCAAGUUGAUUCAUCAUGUGGUCAUUCAGACAAGCCAGCCGACUCUUCACAAGGCGAUUCUGGAGGCUAUGACAAACAAGGAGGUUGCCAGCGUCAUAGGCGAUUGUCGGUGGCGUCGAGCAUCAGAGGUUAUUGAGGAUUUCAGGAUAAACUUCGCGAAGAACGAGGAUUUGGCACACUAUACUGUCCACGAUGUCCUGGAAAUUUUGAAGACCAACCCGACAGCUCUGAGCACUGUACUCGUUAGUACGGUGAUUUCUCAGGGGAGAGACCUGACUAUACGCAAGCAAAUCCAAGAAUACAUGGCGCAGCAUAGCAACUAUAUAGAAUUCAUUGAGGUGAAGACCCAAACAGAGCCCGGGAAGCAGCUUGCUAAAUAUGGAAACGCCAUAGGACUUACGAAGUACCCUGUCCACUAUAAGCAUCAUAGAGGAGAGGAUGUAGAGGACGAGAGUAGCUUUAGUACUGUUGGAAGUGAUUUUUAA